AACUCACUAUCUGGACUCCGCAUCCAGGUUGCGGGGCAUGCAUGAGCGUUACUACUGAAAUCUACACCUUGUUGAUACACGUCUAGUCUCGAUCGGUGCUUGCUUAGAGGACCUGAUAGCCCUGGAAAGUACUAUAUAAAUGGGCGAUCGUGCCCACGAAGAUCGCGCCAAGAUUCUGGGUCUUCCUACGUGUCUGAGUUCUAAGUCGUUGCUGGUAAGUUGGGGGUCUCGUUCUAGAACGAUGCCAGCAAUUCUGGUCCUCGCAGUCUUUGGGCUGUUGAUAGCUGUUAUGUUAUGGGCACGGGCCCAACGCACGAAGAAGGAAGUCGCCUAUGGCUCCUUUGAGGAGGGAGUCAAAGUGUCGCAGUCUGAGCUCAGUAUCAAGCCCCUUCCCGAAUUCGACUGGGAGGCUAUAGAGCCGCAACAGUUUCGGCCAUUCAAGCCCAUUUAUUACAUCACGAUGGCAGUUAGGUCGACAACCCCGUCGGAUCUCAUUGUCAUAGACAGGAACUACCUAUCGCGCAUACAAGGCCGGAAGGUCACUAUGACCGACCACGCAAAUCACACGCUCGGGUGUCUUCCGUCCGGGGUCGAAGCUGUCCAGGAGGUCUACUCUUACCUCUUAGGGGAAUAUCUCCCCACCCGGUAUCCCACUCUCUUCUCGCGUGACAGCAAGUGUUUCCGUAACACAGUGACGGCCACUUCUCUCCCGCUUAUACCCCCUAACGACCCGAUAGCAGCGCUCCGGAGUAUUGGCGAGACUGUCGAGGACGACAUGUUCUUCCUACAGGAAACUCCAGAGGGACAUCAGUGUAUCGCCUUCGUGUGCUGUUGUCCAUCCGGCUUCGACCCGGCCACCAAGCUGGGCAAGGGGCUGAAGGAUAUCCAUAAGCCGGUGCCGUCAUACGAAAAAAUUGGCCCAAGCAUGGAGAGAUAUUUCCGUCGCCUCGAAGUAGGGCAGAGCGCUUGCCGGGUCAACUGGUCGGUGACAACAGACCCCACCUUAUUCAACGUCUCUGGGAACCACGUCAAGCCGGGGGACGAAUUCGAAGAGGACAUGGACGUAGAUAUUGAUAAAGCGCGGGUUAGGAUGGAGCUGCAAACACUGACGCGGAUGCCCAAGACGAGGGCUAUCCUGUUCUCCUUCAAGACGUACCUGUAUCCCGUCGAGGAGAUCAAGGCCGAGGGUCUGGGACCGGACCUGGCGGAUGCGAUCGCAGGACUGAAGGCCGGAAAUGCUCCCGGGAUGUGGGUCUACAAGGGUGGCGUGCGGUGGGGGAAGAGUGUUUGCGAAUACUUGAGAUCGUGAUCGUAACUUGCCAACCGAUUGCCGCUGGCGGCUUUGCUGCCUGUCCGCCCGGGCGGCUCGGUCUAUUUUUGGCUCCUACGGAUACGCAUCUACGUGGCGUGAGAUAGAUAGGUAGGUUCCUUGUGUUUCUUGCCGCGUUACAGAUUGCGGACUAUGUAGUAUAAGUAUGGCGCUUCAACAUCGAGGAUCGUGGCAGAGGCGGCGAAGAGAAAUGAGGGCAUUAUAUGCGAGGAGCCUUUGUGUACCUAGGUAGAGAGGAGGUCGGCGGGUAGAUUAGGUACCUUACCUACCUGUACUCAUAGGUAUGCGUUAGGGAGAAGGUUAGGCACCUUGGGUGCCUACACCCCCUACGUCAAUGUAGUGAGAGGUACCUGCUAUAUAUGAGACAAGUGCCUUACGUGGCGGUGGGUUGGGUACCUAGGUACCUACCUACCUCUGUAAGGUACCUAUAAAUAAUGCAUAUACAUACGUAUAUACAUGCAA